AUGGCCAAGUACACUACUUUUCUCGCCCUCAUCUUUUGCCUCCUCCUUGUGGCUGCAACUGAAAUGCAAAUGGCAGAAGGAAAAUACUGUUGGAAGAAAAGUCACAAGUGGAACGGGCCUUGCCAUUACUCUUACAAUUGUAUCCAUCAUUGCAAGCACUGGUUUGGAGCUAAAUAUGGUAUUUGCAAGAAGUAUAAACCAUGGGGUCACAAGUAUCACUGGGCAAAAUAUGCUUGCUACUGCUACUCUCCUUGCCAUCAUUGAGGAACUUCAGAGUCUCAAGGGUUGGCUUUGAUUACAUAAAUAAAUAAGAAGCUACCUAUUUUAUAUGUUAUGUGUGUAAUAAUAUAAUUAGG